CUGCCAGCCGAGAUACGCCUCAUAAUCUUAGAUACGAUUGCGCAUCAGAGGCAUCCCAGCUGGGCGUCUUUCGCGUCCUUCUGUAGUGAAUGGCAGGCCAUUAUAGAGACGCGGAAAUUCCAGCUGUUAAAGCUACCAGUGUCCUGCCUCGAUGCUUUUGAACGUAUGGUCAUUCGCCAGAGAGAGCUCGUUCGCCAUAUUUGCCUUGAUAUCGAAUUACGGAAGUACACAUGCCGAACCUGCGACCAGGGGGAACAGACAGAUCAAAACACCGCCAUUUUCACAAAAGGAGUCAACAAGCUAUUCUCUAUCCUCGGCCCCUGGAAGCAAGCGAGUGGAUUGACGCUGGAGCUCAACGCCUAUUAUCCCAGCGACUCUGACCACUGUGGCACGACCGACCCAGACCAUGGUUGGGUUAAUGGCAAACAGAUUGCGAGCCCUCCUGCGCUAGCAUACUGCGGCUCUUUGAGCCAAUCCACCUGCGAAACCGGGAAGGCCUUGCCCGAGCUACACCUUCCCUACAAUCUCAACAGGACAUCGAUUUUCGAGGAAUUCAGCGAUGCUAUUGUCGAAUCAUUGGGCGGCGCUAUCCCCAUCCCACGCUGGAUGCAGCCCAAGCUGGAUGCAGCCCUAUCUCUCUCCGUCUCCGACAUGGUCGACGCCCGUGAUUUCUUCGGGGCCUGCGCGCCAACGACGUGGAUCUGGGAGCGCCUCGAGUCUCUGGCGCUAACAUCGCAACUUCUCCGAGACACGGGUAGCCGUGGGGAGAUACAUGCCCUGCUGCUCAACGCUGGCACCACUGCACUGCGGAUGCCGAGACUACGGACCCUAGUUCUCUGGAACGGCCAAAGGGAGAAUGCAUGUGCAUUUAUAUACCGCACGAAAAGUGACCAUGCCUCGAUCAUCUGGCGCGGCAACUGGGGAAUUGACCUGAGCCCUCGUGUAGUCGAGGCAUGGCGGCGCGCAGUUCUUGAGGGCCACUCGCGCCACGUUUUUCGGGUCGCCCACGAGGAGGUACGAGGCGUCAUCGGGUCCCACGGCGAUGCCAUGCAUCGCUUGAACUUGCCCCGUCCAGGGUUCUCCCCUGUGUCCCUCUGGCAAAUGCGGACGGAGGGAAUCGACCACCGUGCAUGA